ACCCAGCCGUCCCCCAAGUGGGAGACCCAACACCAUGUGCCUGUCCUGCACGGAGGAUGAUGACACCCAAGUCAACCCGGAAGGACCGAGAGGGCAGCAUCCUUCACAGAUGAUGGCAAAGCAGAUUACAGAUAAACGUAUUCAGAGUAUGCGAAACCUAAGAAAAGAGAAGAGAAGACUCAGCAAGCAGUUUGCAAGGCCUAAUCCUACUCCAGAACCAGGAAUCUUAUGGUCAUAAAGCUGGAAUCUAUAUGGAAGAAGUCAAGAGGCAGACCUAUGAAGAUGUCUAACAUCCAGUGGCAUUUUGUGAUUUGACUUCCUUUGGCAUAUAUAGAUAAUACUUUGCCAUUUCAACAAAAUAAACACAGUGCAACCAUUUAACGCCC